GGUCGAAUGACGUCGUAACCAUGUUGUGUUUGCAUUUAUCUUUCACACCCCUUUUUGAGCUUAAAAACACGAAUAUUUUGAAUCUGACAAAGGAGCCUCUACUCUGUUGUUGACUAUCGUGUAAUUAGGACAUUAUUAUAUGGAAAAUGGCGAAAAAAAUGAACUGGCAAGUCCUUUGGUGGAUUAUUAGUACACUUUGCAUACCAGUGUCAGUGCCAUUGAUCACAAUGCAGUUGUACAAACAUUAUCGCUUGCGAAUUCUAAAGGGAAAGCUUAAAGGCAAGGUCGUAUUGAUAACUGGUGCAAGUUCAGGAAUUGGUGAGGCAUUGGCUCAUCAAUUUUACCAGGCAGGCUGCAAAAUCAUUCUUACUGCGCGAAGACAAAAGGAACUGGAAAGAGUUCGAGAUGAUCUUUUACGAGCUCAUACUUCUGUGGCUCCAGCACAUCAACCAGUUGUAAUUACCCUUGAUCUAGCCGAUAUUCCAUCAAUUCCAUUAGCAGUUCAAAAAGCCAUCUCAAUUUUUGGUUCUAUUGACAUAUUAAUCAAUAAUGGUGGAAUGAGCCAACGAGGUAGUGUUCAAUCAACAAAACUUGAAGUGGAUAUGCAAGUCAUGCAAGUUAAUUACUUUGGUACAAUAGCUCUUACCAAAGAAGUUUUACCUUAUAUGAUUCAACGUAAGGCCGGUCAUAUUGUAGCAGUGAGUAGCAUACAAGGUCGUGUUGCCAUACCUUUCAGGUCAGCAUAUUCUGCAUCAAAACAUGCUUUACAGGCAUUUUUUGACAGCAUGCGCCCAGAAAUUGCUCAACAUAAUGUGCAUGUAACAGUCGUCAGUCCUGGAUACGUGCAGACACAGCUUUCAAUAAAUGCUGUCACUGGAAGUGGUCAAAAGUAUGGAGUUAUGGAUGAGACAACUGCUGGAGGUUACCCACCAGAAUAUGUGGCCCAGCAAAUAUUAAACAGUGUUGUAUUGCAAGAAAAGGAAGUUGUUAUUGCAACUACUGGGCCUUGCCUUGCCAUUUUACUGCGGUCUCUCAGCCCAAGUUUAUACUUUUGGAUCAUGCAAAAAAGAGCCAACAAAAUGUUAGCAGAUGCCAAAAGCAAGAAUAAUGCUGCUGAAGCAAAAGUUGCUGGUAGCAAUAAGAAUGUAAGUGAUGACAAAAAAGUCAAGUGAAUUUAAAUUUAGAAAACUUUCAGAAAAAUUGUUACUUUUUAUUAAUGAUUUUUUUGCUUGUGAUAGUACAUCAGUAUUCAAUAAAAA